ACCAACCUGAACAUAGCCACCGAUAGGCCAUACUUACAUGAUCUAAGGUUUACAUCAAGAUUUAUUUUACAUCGCUGAACGAUAAUGUCAGAUAAAGAUAUUACCGCAACGAGAAAGGAUGCGGAGGGCAAAAACAAAAACAAGAUUUACUGCACAUUUUGUACUUCGAAGAUGCUUAAUGCUGGAGCUGCCAACUUCGUAAACAUAGAAUUUGCGUUACCGUACAUUCACAGUAAGGGAGAAGGUGAAGCUAAUCAGCAAGAAACCAUUUCCGAUUACUGGUUAGUAGAAGAUAUGUAUACGUUCGAAAAUAUCGGUGUAUCUCAUACGGUAGGUAACGUCAAGUACUUGGCCUGUGCCGAUUGCGAGAGGGGUCCAGUAGGAUGGCACGACUUGUCCAGCAAGAAAUCGUACAUCGCGUUGUGUAGAGUGAAACACGAGUGAAUAGCGGGUAAUCUUGCCGUAAUUAAUGAAAUAAUUUUAUAAUUUUAUACAACAUAUAUGUAUAAUUUUAUAUAACCAUGAGUGUACAGAGAGAUCAAUGUCGCGCAGAUAUAAAUUAUAUAAUAUUUAUAAUACUGUACAUGGGUGGAUAAGCAUUCUGUGUGUACAAAAACUGUUUCUUUAAGUUUACAUUCAAAUAAAUUAAUGCUUCUCUUUUCUCAGUCAGA